GUGUGUAUUUCACAUUGGAAAGACUUUUUGGGUUUUUUCCUCAAGAAGUUUACAAUUAACAUGUUUAAAAUAAAGAAAUGGGUACACCGGAUAUUUAGUUCAUUACUUAAAGCCGAUCGAAGUCUUUUGUUAUACGCAGAUAUAUUUAUUUUUUUGUGACGCAAUAACUUCAUAUUAAAUAAUCAAAACAAAAAAUCAUAAAACAUAUAAUAUAAAAGAAAAGAAAAAUCUGCGAUCCUCUUAUUAAAAUAUAUAGUUAUAUAUUUAGAUGUGUUAUGUUUUAUGAGUUUUAAACUGAGUUAUAUAUAUAUAUACAAUAUAUAUCCAUUAAAGGUGCUUGCAUAUUAGAACUUAAGUCAGAUAACGUUUGUUCGAAGUUGUGAUGUUAAAAUUUACUUUGUAAAAUGUAAAUUACGCCGAUGAAUAAUAUGAACAUUUCAUAUAUAAGUGCUUAGAAAACAAAAGUGAAGAAGAUAAGAUAUAUAUACCUACCUACAAAAUAUUCGUACGAAAAUAUCGGUUAAUAGAAAAUGAAAGGAAUUACAUAAUCAACUACAGUUCGUAACACUCAAUUUAUGGGUUAUAUUAUACGAAACGUACCUGUGUAAUAUUAAUGAAAAUAUAAUAAAUUAAAUAUUGAACGGCUUUGUAAAUAAAACAGUGCACAAAUUUAUAAACAAAAUAACACCUACAUACCUAUAAUAAUUAAAAUUAAUAGAAAAAAUAUAUUCUCGAUAAGCAAAAAAAAUCAAGAACUUAUGUAACUAACGUAGCAAAAACUACCUAUACAUGGAAUGGUGAAAAAUCUUCUUCUUUCAGAGCAUAAUAUUUAAAUAUUACCAAUUUAUUUACCAUACCUAGUGAAAAAAGUUUAUAACAAAAAAAAAGAAAAAAACAUAUUAUUUUCCCUGGCUAAAGUUUUGAUGUACAUAGUUAAUAAAUACAAGUUCCAUGGUUCAGGAAGUCUCUUAUUGUGCCUAUAAGUCAUAGAAAAAAAAAUUGCAUACUUACAUAUAAAUACAGAUAUAUCUAUAAAAUUGUUAAAAUGGGUGACAAAUAGAGCCCAUUCUAUGUAUAUAAAUUAAUAUACCUAUCCUAUUAGGCUUAUUAAUAAUCGCAUUAGACGUGUUAACUAAAUAGCUUGAUAUUAGAGAGUUCAUAUAAAACAAUAUAUUUUGCCCACCAACAUCACAAAUGAAUCCUAUAUGAAAAACAACAAAACAUCUAAAAAUCUAAUCUAUAAAUACAUAUAGAAAUUAAAAAAAAAAACACACAUUAUUUUAUUUUUGUUUAAAAAACAAAAAUAAUACCUAAGUACCAUUUUGCAAUGCAUGUAAAAAAUUAUCAACGAAGAGUCAGUGGACCUGGAGCUUUUGGGACUUUUAGUGAAUCGUGCGGAGAAAAUUCGAACGAUCAGCAAAAUUUGAGUCAUCACUUGCUACGGCAGUCUCUGAUUAACCUCACAAGCGCACACAACAAUAGUCACAACAUAAGUAAUAUAAGCAAGACCGUAAAUUUACAGAAAUCGAUAUCGUGUAGCUGUGAGUCUCUUAAAUGUGCGGCGCGAAAUAUCAACCGAAUAAGUUUGAGGAACGUUGACGGCGACGACAGUGAAUCCCUUCUCUACGAUCAUAUUGUCAACAACACUCCGGGUUCAUAUUUGCCUAGUGUAUUUCAAGAUGAUCCUCCAUCCGUUGGAGCACUCGAUCACAAUGCUACCGGAAAACAAUAUUCAUAUGAUAGUUAUUACAAUGGCCAAUCAAGUAACAAACACCGCUUAGAUUGUACAAGCAUUGUAAACAGUAGUAGUCAUAAUAGUUGUGGCACAGGCAGUAGUGCUGCUGUCGUAGGGGACGAUCAAAGAAAUUUCCCCGAUUUCCAUUGUGCUGAUAGUAAUGUAUAUUCAUAUAGUGGUUUUAAGAAAAUAGUUGCUCAUAAUUUCAGUAAUUCUGAUCCAAUAACGCGUUAUAGCCACAUAGAUGAUAAUCAUUUGAUGCUAAAGAGUCAUUACAGUGAUUGUAACAUAUAUGCAAAACAAAACUCGGCGCUUAAAAGUGAAUACGCAAACAGUAGUAACUGUUCAAGUAGUAAAAACCAUCCAUUGGUAAGUAAUAAAACAUACAUAUUUAAGUGCAUUGCAAACAGUCCAUCGUUUUUGAAAAACAAUAAAAUAAAGGAGCAUUCAAAAAAGUUACGUAAUUUCUCGCUGAAGGCUGCUGGAAACGUUAAAAAGAAAAACCAAAUUAUAGUGAAAUCGAAUGCGGUGUCGGAUAAUUCGUUGCAUCCGAGUGAUAAAUAUUUGAAUCAAUACCUCGACGAAAAGAAAAGUAGCACGCAGCAAGGUAACAACCAGCAACAGCAAUAUCAGCAGCAGCAGCAACAACAACAGCAGCAGCAGCCGUCGGGCUUAUCCACGGGCUCUCUGUCUCUAUCGGCUAUACGGCCGCUCAUAGCUAAUGGAUCUGUUAAAACAUAUCCGACAUAUCGACCUCGUGUAAGGACAGACUCAAAAGACACCCUCUGCCGGAACAAACGCACAAAAAUUAAUAAAAGCUGCAACCUUGCAUGCGAACAACACAAUCUUACCUGCAGAACAACAAACAACACAAAUCUGAAUUUAUCACCGAAAAAUUCACUCUCUAGUAAUGGACAUCUUAAUAAACUCUGCUUAACAGAUAUUACAAGACGAAAGGCGGAAUUCAAUCGGCAGCUAAGUGCGCCAACAGAUUAUACUAGAACUACAACAACUGCGACGGGUUCCAUAAAGGCGUCAUUGCAAAAUUGUUCCUCAUCGAAGCAGUCAUCGGUAUCCUGCACAAAUAGUUUCAAUAGGAAAACAAAUAAAAAGCACAAGAAUUACAAAGUUAACGACAGAUUAGUAUGUGGUGACAGUGAAGAAUCAGUUCGAUGUUCUUAUUGCUCAACUCUAAACGAAAACGAUUUAAGAAUCUCGUUUGAAAAUACUUGCACUGAUUCUUUAGUGACCGCUUUCGAUGAUGAAGCUCUUCUAAUAUGCGACCAAGGAAGCGAAAUGGCAAGAACAAAGGUGCACUUUGACGACGUUUCUCUUUAUGGGACCCCUAAAGAGGAACCAAUGCCUUCCAUUCCAGUAGUAUCGGAAAAAGUAUCAGCGAAUUUCUUAAAAAGUCAAUUGCAAUCAUGGUUCCAGCCAACCGACAAUCGGCUUGCCAUGAAACUUUUUGGCAGCCGAAAAGCAUUGGUAAAAGAAAGAAUAAGACAAAAGACCUCGGGACAUUGGGUUAUUCAUCCCUGCAGUUCAUUUAGAUUUUAUUGGGACCUUUGUAUGCUUCUACUGCUAGUAGCGAAUCUUAUUAUCCUGCCAGUUGCUAUAUCAUUCUUUAAUGAUGAUUUGAGCACACGAUGGAUUGCCUUUAACUGCCUAAGUGAUACUAUUUUUUUAAUAGACAUCGUAGUCAAUUUUAGAACUGGAAUUAUGCAACAAGACAACGCGGAACAGGUGAUUUUGGACCCCAAGCUUAUCGCUAAACACUAUUUAAAAACAUGGUUUUUUCUUGAUUUGAUUUCUUCGAUCCCGCUUGAUUAUAUCUUUUUAAUCUUUAAUCAAAUUAUGAAAUUGCAGGAUUUUUCUGACUCAUUUCAAAUCCUGCACGCCGGCCGGGCGUUGCGAAUACUCCGCUUGGCCAAGCUUUUAUCUUUAGUUAGACUGUUGAGACUGUCAAGGCUAGUCAGAUAUGUGUCACAGUGGGAAGAAGUAUAUAUUCUGCAGAAUCUACAAAAAAAAAGUGCUGAUCGAAGAGGGAGAAUGCACAGAAAAGACAAAGAUGGCUUAACAAAAAGCAACCUCAUUUUGAAGUUUCUUAAUAUGGCAUCUGUAUUUAUGAGAAUCUUCAAUUUAAUAUGUAUGAUGCUGCUAAUAGGCCAUUGGAGUGGUUGUCUACAGUUUUUAGUGCCAAUGCUUCAAGGAUUUCCAUCUAAUUCCUGGGUUUCUAUAAAUGAGCUACAGGAGUCAUAUUGGCUGGAACAGUAUUCUUGGGCGUUAUUUAAAGCGAUGUCUCACAUGCUUUGUAUAGGUUAUGGAAGAUUCCCACCGCAGUCAUUGACGGAUAUGUGGCUGACUAUGCUUUCAAUGAUAUCUGGAGCAACGUGUUAUGCCUUAUUUCUAGGUCACGCUACGAAUUUAAUCCAAAGUUUAGACUCAAGUAGACGUCAAUACAGAGAAAAAGUAAAACAAGUUGAAGAAUAUAUGGCAUAUCGAAAACUGCCUAGAGACAUGCGGCAAAGAAUAACAGAGUACUUUGAGCAUCGCUAUCAGGGGAAAUUCUUCGACGAAGAAUGUAUUUUGGGUGAAUUGAGUGAAAAGCUUAGAGAAGAUGUAAUAAAUUACAAUUGUAGAUCUCUCGUUGCGUCAGUGCCUUUUUUUGCCAAUGCUGACUCUAAUUUUGUUUCUGAUGUUGUUACGAAGCUGAAAUAUGAAGUUUUCCAACCAGGUGAUAUUAUUAUAAAAGAAGGCACAAUUGGAACCAAAAUGUAUUUUAUACAGGAGGGUGUCGUGGAUAUUGUGAUGGCCAAUGGAGAGGUCGCAACAUCAUUAUCAGAUGGAUCAUAUUUCGGUGAAAUAUGCUUACUAACAAAUGCACGACGCGUUGCCAGCGUGCGAGCGGAAACCUACUGUAACUUAUUCUCAUUAAGUGUGGAUCAUUUCAAUUGUGUUUUGGAUCAGUAUCCACUAAUGCGAAAAACGAUGGAAACCGUAGCAGCUGAACGUCUUAACAAGAUUGGUAAAAAUCCAAACAUAAUGACCCAGAAGGAUGAACAGAGUAAUAACCCCGAGUCCAAUACGAUCACUGCUGUUGUCAAUGCUCUAGCUGCAGAGGCUGACGACUGUAAAGAUGAUGAUAACGAUCUCAAGGAAAAUCUGUUACAUGGAUCCCAAUCGAGCAUUAUUGAACCAGUUCAAACUAUAAGGAAAGGACUUCCAAGGCCAAGAAGUGGUGAAUUUCGCGCACUAUUUGAGGGCAACACUCCAUGACACUAAGAAACAUAUGAAUUUGCUACAUUUUCGCUAUACAAAUAUCGUCAAAAAUAGUUAGAUUAUUUUAUUAGUGCAAUUUUCAAUUCAUCUAACUGAAAAUGAUUUCAGCUCCGCUAACUGUGAUGACUAUAUAUAAGAAACGAAAUUCAAUUGAUUUCAUUACUCAAGCAAUACUAUAACGAUGACGACUCGUGCAGACCCAAUCUCCUUCAUUAAACAUAUUUAAACCUCAUGUACAGCAUGUUGUCUUUUUAUAAGAUUUUGUUUAAUAUUUAUUUAUUUUUAUUUUUAUUUUUAGUUAAAAAUUAAAUUUUGCAAGUUGUAUUUGUUAAAAAAAAUAUAUGGUAUUUUACUAUAGAAACAAUAAAUACAUGAAGGACAAUA